GUUAUUGGGAGGGCGGAAGGUUUGAAUGGUGGAGCCCUGUGGCUGUUGAUACUCCAGCUCUGAGGCCCUGAGGAGAGAAAAGGCAAUUACUGACCCCGGCCUAUCCAGUCGAGAAGUAGAACUGCAGUGUGGUUAAUUGCCUCCUUUCCCCAGAAUUCCUUUAAUUCUGUUCAAGUCUUCACUGUGAUUGACCCCCACUCACUUCCGUUUCUCUUGAAGUAAGCACUCGGAGACUAUGUCUGCAGAACUCAAUUCAUCCACAAGAGAGGAGGGAAGUCUUGGUGCAAGACCCAGUUUUAGGUCCCAUCAAAGGAAGAUAUUAAACCUGCUCCUGGAGAGAGACACUUCCUUUACUACCUGUCCAGAUCUCCCAAGAACGCCAGUGAACAAUCUCUUUGGUGAUUCUGCAAACCUAAGUAUUUUGUCUGGAAGAACCCCAAAACGUUGCCUUGAUCUUUUGAACCUUAGCAGUGGGGAGAUGUCUGCCACUCAGCUUACCACUCCUGCAGACCUUGAUGGAACUGAUGGGGUAAAGGAAGGUCCUUUGGAUUCUUCAGGAUCUCAGGAAAUACAGUCAGCUUGGAUGAAUCAUCACCAGCGCCUUAUAAAAUGCAGCCCAGCGCAGCUGCUUUGUAGCACUCCAAAUGCUUUGGAUCAUGGCAACAGGAAGACAGAUGCAAUAUAUACCUCAUCCACAAACAAAGGAAACGACAAUGGAAACUUGAUGGAAAGUGAAGUGAAAUAUUUGGGCAGUCCCAUCAUUACAAUUUCAAAAUUGGAUAAAAAUCCAAAACUAGGAAAAGACCAGGCAGAGGAGAUUUCAGAUGAAUUGAUGGAGUUUUCCCUAGAAGAUCAAGAAGAGGUCAAGGGCUUAGGUCUAAAGAAGACAGUCUCCCACUGUGACUUUAAUAUCACUCAGAUGCUGGAGGAAGAUUCUAACCAGAGGUACCUGACUGGUGAUUUCUCCAAGGUAUGUGCGCUGCCAACCGUGUCAGGGAGACACCAAGAUCUGAAGUACAUCAACCCAGAAACAGUAAGCAGAUUUCUGGAGAUGGUGGCUGCCUUACUGUUGGGGAAAUUCCAGGGUCUGAUUGAGAAGUUUUAUAUCAUCGAUUGCCGCUAUCCAUAUGAGUACCUGGGAGGACACAUCCAGGGAGCCUUAAACUUGUACAGUCAGGAAGAACUAUAUAACUUCUUUCUGAAGAUCCCUAUUGUCCCUUUGGAUGCCCAGAAAAGAAUAAUCGUCGUGUUCCACUGUGAAUUCUCCUCAGAGAGGGGUCCCCGAAUGUGCCGCUCUCUGAGAGAAGAGGACAGGGCCCUGAACCAGUAUCCUGCAUUAUACUAUCCAGAGCUGUAUAUCCUCAAAGGGGGCUACAGAGACUUCUUUCUAGAAUUUACGGUGCUGUGCGAACCACAGAGCUACUGCCCUAUGCAUCACCAGGACCAUAAGGAGGAGCUGCUGAAGUGUCGAAGCCAGAGCAAAGCAUGGGAAGGGGAGCGGCAGCUACAGGAGCAGAUUGCCUUGCUGAUAAAGGAUGUGAGCCCAUGAUAAUAGAUCAGCUGCUGGCUGCCUAUGAGUCACCACAGACACUGUAGAAACCCCAGGCAGAAAGAGGCCAUCUUCUAUGUGGCUAAGUUCAAGGUGGUUAAAGAGACGUCUGCAAACCAACAGGCUGCCAAAGUGAUGUAAUCCUAGACCUGGGAAUUGGUUAGGUUUCAGUAGAGCUGCUGGCUGGUGGUGAAAUCCUGGAGCUGGCUCUGUAAGCUGUAGCUUUGGGUUGCACUGAAAUGCAUGUUGCUUCAGGGAGUGCUUGCAUUCUCUAACUACAAGUGUCCUCUCACAAGCCAGCCAGCUCUUUCUCUUCCUGAGCUGCUGGCUGUGCAAGAGAGUUGACAACCUUCUUUUUCUGUACUACCCUUGUUUCUUUCCCUCUCUCUCUUUUUCUUAAAUGGAAAAAUAAACAUUGUAGAAUGAGAUAUGUGAUUAUAAGCCUUAUCUGAUGCUAGAAGAUUUAUAUGAAGAAGUGAUCACCAAACUAGACUCCUUCCGACAUAAAGAUAUAACCGUGUCUAAUUCAGAGCUGAGACCACAUUGCUUUUUCCUAGAUCAACCAGUGGUUCUCAAAGUUUAGACCCUGGACAAUCAGUAUCAUCUGCAUUUGUUUGAAAUACAAGUUUUCAGGCCCCAGUCCAGACCUAUUAGCACCUCUAAGGUUAGGGCCCAGAAAUCUGAGUUUUUAAAAUUUUCCUUAUAGGUGGUUCUGAUCCAACCCAAAGCUUGAGAUCCACUACUCUGAAAUCAAAAAUCUUUCAAAGUGCACUCUUCAGAAAAUUUCCAGGCUUUCUUAUCCUUAAGGCCAUUCCAUGGAAUGAGUUAUGUAAAAGUGCACCCCCAGACUCGGCCCUCUGGCAUCUAGGCUCAGAAAGCCAGAUGAAUGGCAUUGUCUAUGACAAGUGAUAAGUUGAGUUUGGCUCAAAAUGUUCCUUGUCUACAGUUUCAAUGGAGUUUUGACUUUUUCCAUUUCCCAAACUCUUCUCCACACCAUAUCACAACUCCUAAAUACAAGUUUACAUUUCAGGUGGUUGGAAGUAGAGAUUUGUGCUAUAUUUCUUUUAUUUGUGGAAUAAAAGUACCAAGCAAAAUCA